UCAGCAGAAAAGUGCACCCUCUCAUGGGGAACUCCUCAUGAAACUGGUGGGGCGGAGAUCAUGUACUACAUUGUUGAGAAAUGUGAAACCAGCCGUGUUGCCUGGACCCUUGUGUAUGGUGACAUGAUGUCAACUACUUGCAAGAUAACCAAACUUCUCAAAGGAAACGAAUACCUGUUUAGGGUGAGGGCAGUCAAUAAAUAUGGCGAGGGUGAGACUUUGGAAAGUGACCCAGUCAAGGCCAUGGAUCCUUUUACCAUCCCAUCUGCUCCAACAGAUGUUGAGGUCACAAGUGCAGCCAAUGAAGCGAUGACUAUUUGCUGGAAGACGCCCGCCUCUGAUGGUGGCAGCCGCAUCAGCGGUUACAUUGUAGAGAAAAGGGAGAAGCAGGGCAUCCGUUGGGUCCGGGUCAAUAAGAAGCCAGUCUAUGACCUACGAGUCAAAGCCUCUGGUCUGCAUCCGGGAUCUGAGUAUGAAUUCAGAGUCUUUGCUGAGAAUGCUGCUGGGCUAAGUGAACCAAGUUUGCCAUGCCCACUCACCUUGGCAGAGGAUCCAAAGUUUCUUCCUUCCCCUCCAGUAAAGCCCACUGUAAUUGAUUCAUCCAGAUCUUCAAUCACUCUUUCAUGGAACAAACCGGUGUUUGACGGUGGAGCGGCAGUUACAGGGUACAAAGUUGAAUUCAGAAAAUCAACAGAAGAAGACUGGACUGUUGCUGUUCAGAACACAGAUAGGACAGAGUUUACAGUAACUGGACUCACAUCGGGGACAGCAUAUGUUUUUACUGUCAGAUCCAUAAAUAAAGUUGGUAUUAGUGAGCCUAGCCCAGAAACAGACCCCGAAGUAGCUACAGAGCGAGAGGAGAAGCCCGAGAUUCACAUUAACCCUGAGAUGAGAAAGACUCUGCCUGUUAAAUAUGGCAGCUCCUUCACAUUGACCGUGCCUUUCACAGGCAAACCUGUUCCCAGUGUGUCAUGGGAGAAAGCAGAUGUUGAUCUGCGAGUCAGAGGCAUGAUCAACACCACGAGCUCUGCCACCUCUAUCACAGUGGAACGAGCAACACGUGAUGACUCUGGCAAAUAUACUGUCAAACUGCAAAAUGCUGCUGGAUCUGCCUCUUUGACCCUAAAUGUGAGGGUUUUAGAUUCACCUGGUCCCCCGGCUCAUAUAAUAGUUAAAGAUGUGACUGAGAACUCUGCCACUGUUACCUGGGACAUUCCUGAGAAUGAGGGAGGGUCUCCCGUGAAGAACUACCUUGUAGACAUACGAGACAUCAGCAGAACGGGAUGGAUAAGACUUACUGACAAGUGUCGCCGAUUGUCUUACAAGGUGUCCGACCUGGAGGAGGGAGGAAUCUAUUUCUUUAGAGUCACAGGAGAAAAUGAGUACGGGAUUGGGGUUCCAGCUGAGACCAGAGAGGGAACAAAAAUGACAGAUACAACAGACUGGGAGACAAAUCCAGGAGCCUAGCUUGCCCCACGUUAAGAUAAUCAUCUCCUGAAAUUUGGAGAAGAUAUUCAUCGUUUUGUUUUUGGUUUUUUUUAUAAAAA